GCCCAAGCAGCGCACGUUCUUCCUGCAGGAGUUCCCAGCUGCCGCUACGCCCGAUACAGCAGAGUGCCAGUCUGCCAGAGACCAGACGGGCCACAUCUCGAAGUGCCUGGGCAGAUGACGGACGGCAGGUGGGGGGGAGCAAGCUUGAAGGUCGAGGAGGUGCCGGCCACUCAGCAUUUAGGAAUCAGGAAGAGACCAGGAGGUUCCACUGCUCGAAGAAAGUUGCUCAAAGAUGCUUUGGAUGUGACAAAGUGCUCUGACUGGCCCAUCUCGAGUUACAUUCGCAUUUGCAGGCACUGCCAAGCAGCGUCAGGUACAAGGCAAGUGCAGACCACUCGCCCUUCCAUCUUUCCACCUCAGCUCGCGACGUGGGGUUUUCCCCCCCCCCCCCCAAUCCCAAUCACCCCAAACCCCCAAUCAUCCUAUCACAUCCGUCUCAAGUUUCUCAACCCUCCUUCCGCGCCGGCCGUUCCUUGCAUUAUCGUCCCCGUGCACACCUCAGCUAAAAAAGAUGCCAUGCGAUGCGAUGGCAGUCCCAGGGGCUUGUCAUCCAGUCAGUCGGGUAUCCUCUCAGGCUCUCGCAUUUGGCCGUCCACGGUAUGCAUGGGAUACCUUGUGAGAGUUUUAAGGGGUCGGGUCCUUCCUCCUUGGAGACGCGACUCGGGGGGGGAGGCAGAGCAUCUAUGUACGGAUACACAGCAGGUGUACAAACUCACACCAAGUAAAUCAUCCCCCGGAGCCGCGGGAAGAGAGAAAGACUGGUGCUCUGCUCCCUCCGUAGCGUACGGAUAG